AUGAAUUUCAUAAUUUUCCCAUCAAUACGGUCCAACCAACAGCCGGCCGACGUUGGUGCGUUCGUAAACUCCAAACUGGGGACUCGAAAGCGUUCAAACAUCCGCUCUUCCCGCACGCGCCGCUUGGGAAGAAUGUCCAGCUCUUGGCCGGAGGAUGAGCUGGAUACUACUAUAUAG